AUGGCUGGCCUGAGAGCUCUUGGAGCACCAUGGGUUGUGAUGGCCCUGUGCAGCUUGAUGUUCAACUGCGCCUCUCUCUCGUGGAACCAACCGACUGACUAUGUGGAACUGUUCGCGGGCGAUUGCGCAAUCAGUCGUGGCGAAUACAAGGAGUCUCGCAAUGUGGUCCCCAUGGAUCUUCGCUUCGGCCCAGACCAGGACAUCCUGAGCGAUGCAGGAUUCUCCAACAUGUUGUAUCAAGUCCUCAACCUCAAGCCUGGCGCAGCUCUUUGGGCUGCUCCAGUCUGCAGCACGAGCAGAGGAUCUACACAGAGGACUGCCAGCAAUCCCAUGGGGUCCAACAUUGGAGUGACUGGCCUCCACAACAUCAUGGUAGGCCGAGUGGUCAUUUUGCUGUGCCUGGCAAUGGCCAAAAAGAUCUGGUGGUGCUUGGAGCAGCCAAAAGGGUCUCUUUUAGAAGGCCACGAGCUAUUUCAGCGCAUGUUGGCCUUGCGACACACUGCAGUCAGCAGAGUGUCCUGCAGCUUGGGGCACUUUGGUGGGGAAUCCCUGAAGCCAAUCUGGGUCUACACCAGUGAAGCCUAUGCAGGAGCUUUCAACGACUAUGCUGAUCGAUCACUGCGCCCCACCAAUUCCCAGAUGGUCACCCACUAUGUAGACUCCAAUGGAAAGCAGAGAAUCAAAGGUGGACCGGAGCUCAAGAAGAGCCAAUCCUAUCCUCGAAGGCUCUUUGGCAUUCAUGUUCAUGUUCCCAGUGUGCUGUGA